AAGUUUAUCGAUUACUUGUGUGAAGUUCGGGCGUUCCAUUCAAUCUGUCAACAACGAAUAAUCUAAAAUCACAUAACCUCGAAAAGUAAUUGCAGCAUUGAGCAGUGAGCCUGAUCCGCGUGUUAUUGUGAUUUGGUGACUGUAAUAUAUUUUAAAUUUUACAAUGGUGAAAGUGAGGUCUGCGCCGGGUGCGCCCCGGAAGCAGGGCUUCAACAAGUCCGGGCAUUCUAUGAAUCCCGAGAGACCUACCGAAGGUUUGAAAGGUGUUGGAAAACCUAGAACCAAGGGAACCAUAAAGAGGCUACAGAUGUACCGUAAUUUCAAAGCCAAAAGAGAUAAGACGGGAAAAAUAUUGACGCCUGCACCAUUUCAAGGUUGGCUGCCAUCUGGUACUCAAGCUAGGGUUGAGCCAAACCAGAAAUGGUUUGGUAAUUCUCGGGUAAUAUCACAAAAUGCAUUACAAAAGUUCCAAGAUGAGUUUGGAGCUGCUGUCAAAAAUCCUUAUCAAGUUAUAAUGAAACCAACAAAUUUGCCAAUAACGUUGCUCAAUGAAAAAGCAAAAAAUGCCAGAGUACAUUUACUAGACACUGAAGGGUUUGAUCAAACAUUUGGUCCAAAAAAACAAAGAAAACGUGUUAACUUAAAAUUUAACGACUUGGAAACUUUAUCUAAAGCUGUUGAAGAGAAUGCUGAAAAAUACGAUGAAACUAAAGAUAUAGACAGAGUGCGUGAAGACAGUGGCAUUAAAGAUGGUCAGAGAGAGUGGAUAUUUGGAGCGGGGAUGAGCAGAAGAAUUUGGAAUGAAUUGUACAAAGUGAUAGAUUCCUCAGAUGUGUUGUUGCAAGUGCUUGAUGCAAGAGAUCCAAUGGGUACCAGAAGUCCAUAUGUAGAAAAAUUCUUGAGAGAAGAAAAGCCACAUAAGCACUUAAUAUUCAUUUUAAACAAAGUGGAUUUGGUUCCAAAUUGGGUAACACAGAGGUGGGUGGCAAUUUUGAGCUCUGAAUACCCCACAAUUGCAUUCCAUGCAUCCAUGACACAUCCUUUUGGUAAGGGUUCGCUAAUAAAUUUACUGCGACAAUUUGCUAAAUUACAUAUUGACAAAAAGCAAAUUAGUGUUGGCUUUAUUGGAUAUCCAAAUGUAGGCAAGUCUUCUGUUAUUAAUACUCUGAGAGCUAAAAAAGUGUGUAAAGUUGCACCUAUUGCUGGUGAAACAAAAGUAUGGCAAUACAUAACAUUAAUGAGAAGAAUAUAUUUGAUUGAUUGUCCUGGAGUUGUAUAUCCCUCUGCGGAAACCGACACAGAAAAAGUCCUUAAAGGUGUAGUGAGGGUUGAACUUGUACAAAACCCAGAAGAUUACAUUGAAGAGGUGAUAAAGAGAGUCAGAAAGGAAUACCUUAUAAAAACAUACAAAGUUGACGGUUGGGAAACUGCAACAGAGUUUUUAGAAAAAUUAGCUGCUCGCACUGGAAAAUUACUAAAGAAAGGAGAACCUGAUAUUCCACAAGUUUCAAAAAUGGUACUGAAUGACUGGCAAAGAGGUAAACUUCCAUUUUAUAUAGCACCUGAAGGAUUCGAGGUUCCAUUACCAAAAAAGGAUGAUGACGAUAAAGAGGCUGAGAAAUUAAAUGAAGAAAAUAAAGAAACUCCUAAGGAGAUGACAGAAGUGGAAGAAAAAGACGAUGCAUCAGAAAAGCCUGUCUUAACUGUCAAUAAGUUGGUAAUAGCACAAGAUUUUGCUAAGAUCAGGGUAGGAUUGCGAUUUGACAAUGAUGAUGAUGUGAAACCUCUUAAUAAUAUUGUUAUUCCAGAAGAGUUAAAAGGUAUAGAUGAAACACUAGAUGAGAGCCAAUCACAGACUGGAGAAGAGGAAGAGAAAAAUGAAACUGUUGAUGAUAGUGAUUCUGAUAUUAGUGACUUUUAUAGCACUGACGAAAAUGAGUGCAGUGAUGUGGAAGAUCAUUUGACAAAUGAUCCAGAGACCAUUAAAGAAUUAAAGAGAAAGAGGCUCCAAGUAGCAAGUGGAACAUUUACAGUAGAAGAUGUGAUGCAGAAAAGAAAGAAACACAAAGCCAAUGAUGAUGCAUCUUCAAAGAAGAAGAUGACUGCAAAGCAAAGGCGGGCGUUGGAAAGGGCUCAAAAGCGUACCAAAACAGGAAGCGAUUUCUAUGAAGUGUCGAAUAUGUCUUCUGGAAGUGAAAGUGACGAUGACUAUGUACCUGAAGAACCUGCACAGGUUUCUGAGGAAGAAUCGGCUGAUGAGGAGACCAACAUAGAGUAUGAAAAGGAAGUUGAACACAAAACCAAGAAGAGAAAAUCUGUACAGUUAUCUAAAGGAAAAAAGAAAAUUAAAACAAGAAAUGGCGUUAGUGAAAUUCAGACUAAAGAAAAAGUAGAACCAGAAUCCUUAGAACUAGAAGCUCAGAUACCGGAAGAGGAUAAAAAAAGAGAAGAUGAUCUGUGGUCCAAGUUCUUAGAAGGAACUGACACUAAACCAAAAUCUACAAUUACUGAAUCAAAUACUGUGAAGCCUGCACAAUCCUCUACAAAUAUUCCAGAAGCUAAAAAACUCAGUGCAAAAGAGAAAGAAGAUGAUAAGGAAAGAGAGAGACGAAUAUUCGAAUUUGCAGGAGAAACCGUUGUUGUUGAAAAUAAUGUGAUAAAAGAACGAAUUAAGACGACGGAGGGUGCAGCUUCAGUAAGUAAAGUAGAAGAAAAGUCCCGAAGUCGAGGCAGCGGAGGCCUUUCCAGUGUUUUGGGCCAGCUAAAUAAGAAGAAUACAUUGUCGACACUUGAAAAAUCUAAACUCGAUUGGAACACCUAUAAAAAAGAAGAAGGCGUAGAAGAAGAAGUUGCAAGUAUUAACAAAGGGAAAACUGGAUUUUUGGACCGUCGAGAUUUCUUAGAGAGAACAGACAUGCGUCAGUACGAGAUCGAGAGAGAUUUACGAAUGAGCAAACGCAGCAAGCGUUGAAAACCAUACAACUGUAGUACGCGCGAUCUUAUUUGCCCGGACUGAAAUAAGCAACGAGUUGCUACGCAUCAGAUAUUGUUUUUAUUAAUAAAAUAGUAGCGUGUACAUGCGUGCACGUCUUUGAAAGCCAACUUCAGACCGGCCAAGUAAAGUGUUACUAUCUGUAUUUACCUCCUUCGACUUUUUAAUCUCAUGCCAUAACAGAUUGUUAGGACGUCUUAAUAAAGUAUGCAGAUACA